GUGUGUAUUGAGGCUUUGGUUCCGGGUUUUCUUUCAGUGGCUGUCAUACCGGAUUUUGGCCGACCUUCUUAGCAUGGAUCGCUUUUCCUGGUGCUCCGGGUUGCUGGAUAUUGAUGAGACGCUAGUGAUCCAGCAGCGUGGGGUCAGGCUGUCAGAUGGGGAGGAAAAGACUAAAUUUGAUACUGGAACUCUUCUUUUGACAACGCACAGACUUCUAUGGAGAGACCAGAAAAAUCAUGAUUUCUGCAUUGCAUUCCCACUUUCUCAGAUUGUUUUCACGGAGGAGCAGGCAGGGGGCAUUGGGAAAAGCGCUAAAAUUGUGGUCCAUCUUCAUCCUUCCACCUCCAACAAAGAACCCGGACCCUACCAAAGCAGCCGAUUCUCGUACAUCAAGUUGUCCUUCAGAGAACACGGUCAAAUCGAGUUCCAUAGGCGUUUGACAGAGGAACUAACGCAAAGACGAUGGGAAAGGUUAUCUAUAUCGCCUUCUGUACAAACGGGCAAAGGGUUGCAGGGUGGGAGAAUUAAAGCCGUCGGCAUUGUUGGCAUCGAGAGGAAGUUGGAGGAAAAGAGAAAAGAGACGGACAAAAACAUUUCCGAGGCGUUUGAGGAUCUGAGUAAGCUGAUGGAGAAGGCCAAGGAAAUGGUGGAGCUGUCUAAAGCAAUAGCGAACAAAAUCAAAGAAAAACAGGGGGACAUCUCGGAGGACGAGACGAUCAGGUUUAAAUCCUAUCUCCUGAGUAUGGGAAUAGUAAAUCCCGUCACCAGAGAAACGCAUGGAUCAGGGACUCACUAUCACAUGCAACUGGCGAAGCAGCUGGCAACGAUGCUGCAGACUCCUUUGGAGGAACGAGGUGGCAUUAUGUCUCUUACUGAAGUGUACUGCCUAGUAAAUCGAGCACGAGGCAUGGAGCUGCUGUCACCAGAAGAUUUAGUAAAUGCUUGCAAAAUGCUGGAGUCCCUGAAGCUCCCAUUGAGGCUUCGUAUUUUUGAGAGUGGAGUCAUGGUGAUUGAGCACCAGUCGCACAACGAAGAAGAAAUGGUGGCUUCUGCUUUAGAAACGGUAUCUGAGAAGGGUUCCUUGACAUCGGAAGAGUUUGCCAAGAUUGUAGGAAUGUCUGUUCUCCUUGCUAAAGAAAGGCUGUUACUCGCAGAAAAUAUGGGACACCUUUGCAGAGACGACUCCGUAGAAGGCUUGCGUUUCUAUCCCAACCUUUUCUUAACCCAGAGUUAAUGGCUUGGUUUCAAAAAUGUUAAUUAUUAAGGUGUCUUUAUAUAUUUCCUACAAAAGCUUGGCAAAGACUAAAACACAAGAAUUAAGCGGAUUCCUGUGUGCAGUUUGGGGACUCUGACAAAUAAUAAUUGUUCAUAUCCGGUGUUAAAAUGUAUUUUCUUAGUGCUCAUCAAUGAUUAAAAAAAGCGUUUGGAAAUUUGUCAUGUGUAAAUAUCCUGCAUUUAUGUAAACAUGAAAAAUAUGAUUCCGUAUGUUGGCUUUGAUGAUGUAUAAGUGUAUAUGCAUCACGGCGGAUAUAAAUGUAAUUGUAAAAGGUUUGGCACAUUCUGCACUUUUACAUUGAAGACAGGUUCUCAGAUUUUAAAUUCAGUAAGACUGUUGGAAGGACAUAACUCUAUCAUGAAACAGCGAUUUCAGUGCAGCUAUAAAUGAUGUGAGUUCAGCUUGGUUCUUUGCCAUAAUGCAUAGUUAAUGUUGUGAGAUGAAGCACCUUGACCUAGGAAUAAUUACUAUUUUCAGUGAACUUUAUAUUUUCGUUGUUUUCUUUUCCGCAGUGUGGCACGGAUUAAGCAACAUUUGCUGACAACAUAUACAAAAGUUAACAUACAUGAAUAAUGUCACAAUAAAUAUUGUUGUGUCUUACUA